AUGGCCGCUACCGUGUUUCAUUUCGGCUUGUGGAGCAACGUGCGCGUGAAAGCGAAGCGUUUGUUUUUCGCAAGCGGCGUUCGCGAGCUCAGGGCAUGCCGUUGGCGCGAGGGCUCCACGCUGACGUCCAGCGCAGCGCGUCGCAUGUUUAUAGAGUUCUUCAAGGAGAGACACGGGCACAGGGUGGUGCCCUCGGCGCCGGUGCGGCCGCGGGGAGACCCGAGCCUGCUGUUCGUUAACGCGGGCAUGAACCAGUUCAAGCCCAUCUUUUUGGGCACAGUGGACCCUCGCAGUGAGAUGGCGCGGUAUCGGCGAGUAGUUAACAGCCAGAAGUGUGUUCGUGCUGGAGGCAAACACAACGACCUGGACGACGUGGGCCGCGAUGUCUACCAUCAUACCUUCUUCGAGAUGUUGGGAAACUGGUCCUUCGGAGACUACUUUAAGGAAGAGGCUUGUGCCAUGGCUUGGCAGUUGCUCACGGGGUCGUAUGGAAUCCCACGAGAUCGUCUCUACGUGUCCUACUUUGGUGGUGACCGAACGCUGGGGCUUGAAGCAGAUGAAGAAACCCGGGAAAUCUGGCUGAAUAUUGGGGUUCAGCCUAAUCGCAUUUUACCCUUUGGAAUGAAGGACAAUUUUUGGGAGAUGGGAGAGACAGGACCCUGUGGUCCCUGCACAGAGAUUCACUAUGAUCACGUUGGAGGUCGGGAUGUCGCCCACUUGGUCAACAGUGACAGCUCAGAUGUGGUGGAGAUCUGGAACCUUGUCUUCAUGCAGUACAGUCGUGAAGCUGACGGCAGCCUUCGUGCGCUCCACCAGCACAGUGUGGAUACAGGCAUGGGGCUGGAGCGCCUGGUGGCUGUGCUUCAGGGGAAACGUUCCAACUACGACACGGACCUCUUUACUCCACUCUUCUCAGCCAUCCAACAGCAUUUCAGGUGCCCUGAAUACCGUGGCCAGACUGGAGUGGCUGACAAGUCAAAGGUGGACAUGGCGUACCGUGUCAUUGCCGACCAUAUCCGUGCUCUGACUGUAUGCAUUGCUGAUGGAGUAUACCCUGGCAUGUCAGGAGCACAGCUGGUCCUUAGACACAUUCUGAGACGGGCUGUGAGGUUCUCUACUGAGGUGCUAAAGUCGACCCCAGGGUCCCUGUCCAAGCUUGUUCCUACUGUAGUCCAUAUACUGGGUGACACUUAUCCAGAGGUGCUCAAAGAAACUGAUAGGAUUAUGGAUAUCAUCAAUGACAAUGAAGCCCAGUUCCUGUCCUCUCUGAAACAGGGGCGACGUGUAAUUGAUAGAACCCUCCAGAACAUGAAUGGAAGUACUGUAUUUCCAGGAUCUGUGGCCUGGUCCCUGCAUUGCCACCUGGGUUUUCCCCUUGACCUUUUAAGGCUGAUGGUGGAGGAGAAGGGUGUGGCUAUGGACACUGAGGCACUGGAUAGGUUAGCAUUGGAAAAUAAGAAGGUGAGGGCUCAAACCCAAGCCUCUGAACAUGACAGCUGUGUGGACCUGGAUGUGAAAGUCCUUCCUGAGCUCCAAGGAUUGGGCAUUACUUACACCAAUGACUUGCCAAAGUAUCAAUAUAGCCUGGGGCAGGAUGGGAGAUAUGUGUUCCUACCGUGUCACGCUACAAUACAGGCAUUGAUCUGUGGACAGGGACUGGUGCCUGAGGUGGAGAAAGGGCAGAGGUGUGGGGUCAUCUUUGACAAGACCUGCUUUUACACUGAACAAGGAGGACAAGACCAUGACCAAGGAUACUUCACUCAGGAAAUUCUACCGGAUGUCCUUUUCCCGGUGGAACAAGUGCACCUGGUAGGGGGUUACGUUGUUCAUCAGGUGACUGCUACUGAGAGGCUCAAGAGGGGAGACCAGGUCCAGCUCUUCUUGGAUGAGGGACAAAGGUUAGCCUGCAUGGUGAAACACACAGCCACACAUAUCCUCAAUCACUGCCUUCGACAACUGCUGGGGGAUGGGGUGGAGCAGCGGGGCUCCCAUGUCUCUGCUGACCACCUGCGCUUUGAUUUCAGUGUGAAGAGAUCAUUAAGUAUCCAACAGCUUCAAGAAAUUGAGAAAAUGAUACGAGAUAUUAUAGAAGGAAAUGAGCCUGUUUACAUAGAGGAGCUACCCCUGAAAGUUGCCAAAGGAAUACCGGGACUAAGAACUGUGGAUGAGGUGUAUCCUGACCCAGCCAGGGUUGUGUCAGUUGGAGUACCUAUUGCAGACUUGCUCAAAGGCCACAACAACAAGCCAGCAUCUGUUGAGCUCUGCUGUGGAACGCACUUGCUAAUGACCGGUGAGAUCCAGGACUUUGUUGUUGUGUCUGAGCGACAGAUUGCGAAGGGAGUAAGCCGCAUUGUGGCGGUCACAGGAGCCCAAGCUAAAGAGGCCAGGGAGGCAGGACGCGUACUAGAAUGCGAAGUGGAUUCUCUGAGGGUACGGCUGACAGCCGCUAGCCCCUCGCUGCCCGGAAUACACAGACUCUCCAAGGAAGCAGGCCUGCUCAUAGAUGCAGUGGAGAACACAGCCAUACCCCAGUGGCAGCGUAGAGAGCUUAGCAACCAGCUUAAAUCCCUUCAGAGGAGCAGCAACACAAUGAUUAGGAAGCUGGAAAUUGCUGAGGCUGCCAAGAAAGUCCAGAGCCUGCUGAAGAAACACACCAACAGGAGUCUUGUGGUGGAUACUGUGGAUACAGACUCAAUAUCUGUAGUGAUGAAGACGGUGAACCAGUACAGUGAUCAGGCUCCUGGGGUUAUGGUCAUGCUUCUGUCGCACCAGGAGUCGGGGAAAGUCCUUUGUGCCUGCCAGGUGCCCAAGGGCUUCAGCGCUUUCUCUGCAAAUGACUGGGCUCUGGCUGUCUGUGCUCACCUUGGAGGCAAUGCUGGGGGUUCCGAUACUGUAGCCAAAGGCACCGGAUCCGCUGUGGACAUUGCAGAGGCCAUCCAGUGGGCCAGGAACUUUGCGGAGGGCAGAAUGCAGCAACGGUGAUGGAGAGCCACCAGCAGCAAUAGGCUCCCUGUGAUAUAUGUAAAAAUACCAUGGUGCCAGUGUGCUCGCUUGUGGCAACCAGCCGUAGCUGCUUGUUUCAAUAUGUAUAUUUCUAUUUAAAUGAAUAAUACUUGUAAAAAAGAAAAAAUGAGGUGUAAAUUCUGCUUCCAGGUCUUGAUCACCAUGGUUUAAAUUACUUUAUGCUGCUAAAUAUACAGUUUUUGUUACAUUUUUAGACAAUUCUAUAUAUGCAUUGUAUGUGAAGUAAUGUAAGAAAGGUAAAUAUGUGUUCAUCCCAAAUGUGUGGGCUGAAAAAAUGCAGGUGCUAAAAGGGCAUGGUGGCACAGCAAGUAACGCUUCUGCGUCAUGGCACCUGGGUGGUGCGAGAACAUGCGUUUGAUCCCCCUUCAGUUUGUGUGACGUUUGCAUGUUCUCCCUAUUUCUGUAUAGGUCUUUUCUGGGUGCUCUGGUUUUCUCAUCAUUUGAAGGCAUGUAGUUCAGUUCUGAUGCUAAAUGGGCUGUAGUGUGUGAAUGGGUGAGUGGUAUAAAUGCAAUACAAAGAUGAGAAUGUAACACACUUGUUUUGGCCAUCAGCCUUCCUCAAGCACUGGGAACAUGAAUAGAACAUGCAAAUAACACAGAAUAAUAUCUUAAAAGCUGCAUACACCAGUAAAGAUGAUCGGGCGAACAGUGAGUAAAACAAUUUGUUGGACACCGGCAUACUUUUUAAUUCUUUAGGUGAGACUUCUUUCUACACAAAAAUGUUCAACUGUAUUCAUUCAAUUGAAAUGUAUUUUUUCAUUAGUAUUUGUCAGCAAAACUAAGAGAACUUUUAUUAUUAAAAAAUGUAAACAUUGCUUGUAUGCCAAUAAAUUUGAUGAAAACUGUACUUAAAAGUACAUAAUGCAACUGAAAAAAGGGGUGGUCAUAUAGUCGUAUUUAAGAAUGUCCCAAA